AUGGGUCCUCUUGGCCCGACAGCCAUGAGGCGGGUGUUGCCAUUGCUCGGCGAUAGCACAAGGCCCAGCCUAGCAGCCGUCAGCACGAGGCCUGCGGAUGAAGUUAUUGCUGUUUCAGAGAAAGUUACUGUGAAGCUUGAGGACUUGGCAAAAUGGGCACAGUCCGAUUUCUCCAAGUGGAAGUGUGGUUUCCGGGCUGAGCCGGUCAAGCCGAUGGAUGUGGGGAAGAAUGGGCAGAAGGAGGCCUUGACGAGAUACAGACAAUCCACGCUCAACAGCGGCUUGAACUUCAAAGACAUCCUGAAGGAAAAGGCUGACCUUGGUGAGGAUGAUGAAGAUUCAAACCUGCUAAUUCUCAGCUACCCACAGUACUGUCGAUACCGUUCCAUGUUAAAGCGCAUUCAGGACAAGCCUUCUUCAAUACUAACAGACCAAUUUGUUUUAGCCCUGGGAGGCAUUGCAGUAACAAGCAAGAACCCCCAAAUCUUCUACUGUCGGGAUACAUUUGAUCAUCCUACUCUAAUAGAAAAUGAAAGUAUAUGUGAUGAAUUUGUGUCCAAUGAUUUCCAAGGGGAAGAUGUGAUUCCUUUGAAGUGA